CCUCCAUCUGCUACCCCUCCCCCUGCCCCGCUUCCCCCUGUCAACCCUGCGGGACCCCCAGAUGAGAGAGGGAGGGGGAGCAAGGUGGGAGCAGAUGAGAGCAGGCAGAGAGAGGGCGAGCCAGAGCGCAGGGCGCAGCCAUCAGGGGAGGCGCAAAUGGUGGAGGUGGAUGCGCAGGGGUUGGGGCAGCAGGAGCAGGAGCAGGAGCAGGAGCAGCAGGAGCAGGAGCGGGAGCAGGAGCAGGAGCAGGAGCAGCAAGAGCAGCAGGAGCAGGAGCAAGAGCAGCAAGAGCAGCAGGAGCAGGAGCAGGAGCAGGAGCAGCAAGUGCAGCAGGAGCAGGAGCAGGAGCAGGAGCAGGAGCAGGAGCAGCAAGAUCAGCAAGAGCAGCAGGAGCAGCAGGAGCAGCAGGAGCAGCAGGAGCAGCAAGAGCAGCAAGAGCAGCAGGAGCAGCAGGAGCAGCAAGAGCAGCAAGAGCAGCAGGAGCAGCAAGAUCAGCAAGAGCAGCAGGAGCAGCAGGAGCAGCAGGAGCAGCAGGAGCAGCAAGAGCAGCAAGAGCAGCAGGAGCAGCAGGAGCAGCAGGAGCAGCAGGAGCAGCAGGAGCAGCAGGAGCAGCAGGAGCAGCAGGAGCAGCAGGAGUACGGUAGGGUGCAUGGGGCUGGGAGGGAAGGGCGGGAAGUGGGGGUGGAGGAGGGGGGUUUAGAGGAGGCGGAGGAGGUGGUGCGAGUGGAGCUGGGGGCCGAGGAGGAGUUAAGGGGAACAGAGUGCAGCGCUGGGGUGCAGGGCAUUGUGCAGGGAGGGGGAUGUGCGGAAGGGGGAUGUGCGGAAGGGGGAGUGGUGAAUAGUGUUAGGGAGAAGGAGGUGGUUGUUUCUGCAGUGAAGGAUGGGCGGGGAGGAGAGAGCGGAGAGAGAGGGGGCAGAGCGGUUUGUGCAGGGGCAGUGAGUCACGACUGCAUGGUGAAGGAGGAGGGUGGAGAUGCGAUGGAGGAGGUGAGAGUGAGUGAGGAGAGGGAAGUGAGUGAGGAGGGAGAGAGAGCAAGUGAUGAAGUAGGAACGGAUUUGAGGCAGGCAAAGGGAAUGGAACAAGGACAGCAGCAGCAGCAGCAGCGGCAGCAACAGCAGCAGGAGGAGGAGGAGAAAAGACUUGAGCAAGUGAUUGUAGGGGUGCUAGGCAGCAAUGGCAGAGGUGGCAGCAGCGGCAGCGGUGGUGAUUGGGAGGGCGGCAGUGGCGAUGGUGGUAACGGGGGCGGCAUGGUUGGCAACGAGGGCGGUGCUGGCACACAUGCAGGGCCCACUGCUGCCAUCCCUGCCACAGCCCGUGUGACCCACACCCCGCCUGCAACCCCUGCCGCUCUAGGCUCAUCUGCAGCACCUGCACAGGCUCGCCCUGUGCCUGGCGCUGCAGGGUCGACACUGGACAAGGCAGCUGCUUGGGCUGCAUCAGACGCCUCUGCUGCUCCUGGCACCGCUCUCAGCUCACAUGCCCUCCCCAGCAGUGGUACGACCCUUGAUGCAGCCGCUGCAGGAGAUAGGAGAGUUAUGGAUGAAGGAGGAAGGAUAGGAGACAGCCAAGGAAAGAAGGCAGCACCUGCUGCAAGUAGCGCCACCAAUACUUAUGUUGCAAGCAGCAGCAGCGUCAGUGCCAGCAGUGGCAUUGGUAGUGGUGGUGUGGCUGCUGUUGCUGCUGGUGCUGGCAGUGGGCAGGCAGCAGUGAGGGCAGCAGUGGAGGUGCCGGCAGCGCGUGGAAGGAAAGGGAGGAAGAAGAAGAAAGGCCUUGUGGUAACAACUGCAGCACCACCAUCAGCGGCAGCGGCAGCAGCAGUAGCGGCGCCAGCAGCAGCAGCGGCGCCAGCAGCAACGGCGCUAGCAGCAGUGGCAGGGGCACCAGCAGCAGCGGCAGAGGCACCAGCAGCAGCGGCAGGGGCAGAGGCAAUGAAAGCAUCCAUCAAGUCGGUGCCUAGCUCCGACUCUUUAAACGGCUGGGAGCUCUGACUCCUCCUCUUGCAGAGAGCCAACCAUCCAGAGGAGCCCUGCAGAUUCUCCUUCCUCCCUGCGGUUCUGGCAUUCGAGCCAAGACCGUAGGGGAGCUAUGGCAUACAUAAUGGCCGGGCAUGGCUGUGUGGCAUGGUGCUCCCACGACCGAGCCACCUGCCGGUGCUCUCUGACCCUGAGUGCACCUUGUACACACAUUGCGAGCACUGCACUUGGGUCUGUAACGCUACUCCACAUUGCUCGGGACAGAUAAAUUACAGGUUAUAGACU